UUUGGAGGACUUGUUUGGACGAUUUGAAACCUCAAGGACUAAACUGAGCCUGAAGCGAAACUCCAGGGACCAUUUUAGAUAUUCACCCUUAAUUCUUUGUGUCCCAAAAGUUCACCCUCCUAAAUUCAAACCCUGACAUUUGAAUUUAAGAUUCUAAUUUUCCUUGUAGCUCAUUACCUGAAUCCAUUAAAAAUACCCCCAUAUAUAUACACACACAAUUUUAAAAUUCUGUAGUGGUGGCGGUGACUCCAACUCUAGCAGACACGCGGAAUGUGAGCCGUCGGAUCGCUAAAUCCAACGGCGCACCGAUCCCCACCUAGCUCCUCGCCUUAUCCCUCCCGCAUCCACCGGCUCCAUCGCUGUACCCUAACCGUCCUGUGCCACCGUCGCCUUCGAUCCUCCCCGCCGCCAUCGCCGUCCUCCUCCACUGCGUCGCCGACUGCUCCAUCGCCGUCCCCUAACCGUCCCAUGCCGCCGCCGCCUUCGCUCCUCCCCGCUAUCCUCCACCAGCUUCCUUCCCCACUGCUCGCCUCGCCGCCGCCACCACCUCCGUCAAACCACCGCUGGCGCAGGGAGGACUCCUCGCGGCGGACUCCGAAACCCUAGACACUGCCCCCAACGCCGGUCACACCGUCCUGUCCGCCGCCGCGUCCUCCUCCUCCCCAUCACCCGCCGCCAACGCCACCGCCACCAACGCCUACUCCGUCCACCCACCACCGACGCCGAAUCCUCCACCCACCCGCAACUGACGCCGAAUCCCCCGCCGUCGAGUCCGCUCCAGAUCCCCCCGCCCGGCCGACUCCUACUCCUCCUCCUCCCCGGCUCCCCCCGCCGCCGAUGCCUACUCCUCCGCAUCGCCAUCGGCUCCAGGUUGUCGUCAUCAGGUGGCUCCUCCCGCGGCGCCCCCACCGCCACCGCCAGCGCCACCGCCAGCGCCACCGCCACCAACGCCCCAUCCUCCUCCCCAGUCGCCGCACCACGCCUCCACCGCCGACGCCCCCAUCGCCGCCGUCUCCUCCUGCCUCAUCACAUAGGCGCGCCCUCGACCGAUCCCCGCCGCUGGAAGCCCUCCUCGCCAUGCCACUUCCCCACCCCGCCCAACCACCGCGCCGUCUCGCUCCUCUCCCAUCGCCGAUCCCACGUCCCCAAAUCACUGUGGAAUCCACGCCCCACAAGCCCACGACCUCCCAGGUCUACAAGCCGGAUUCAUCAUCGACCUCACCUCCACAAGCCGGCUACAUCAACCCCCCACAUCCUGGCCUCCCACUAGACCACCACCCCCAUCCCGCGGCGGCCUCCGUCGUCGACUCCGCUUCCCCGUGCGCAGCCCACGUCCACGCCAACAGUCCGUCGCCUACGCCACAUCUCGCGACUGGAUCCGCUCCUCUCCGUCGAUCUCAACCACGGUCCCUUUCGCGCCGCACCGGAAGCUGGCCGCCAGUCCUCCGGUCGUCGUUGGAUGCUGUCGGCAGGUGGAUGCAGUACUCGCCCGUGAGAAUUUUCAGAAUAUGCCAUCGAAUUCGCACUGUUUUCAGGAUAUGCCACCCAAUUCGUACUACUUUCAGAAUACGCCAUCGGAGCACGAAUUUUCUUCGUUCCGUGCCACUCCGUCUCUUCCGUCGUAGCGCCGUCGUCUUCUCUGCCCGGUGCCGCCGUCGUCAGUCCGCCAGUCCGCCACCGCCCGCGCCGGCGCCCGUUUCAGCCACGCCGGCGUCCUUCCGUCGCCGGCAUCGUCCAUCGUCGUCGUCGUCGUCGUCCACAGCGUGGCGUGGGCGCGCAGAGGGAGGCGACUGCUAGCAGCGGGGCGAGGCGGAACGACUGCGGCGGCGGGGAAGGGGUGAGGCAGAAGCCCCUUGUGGAUGGCGGGGCGAGGCGGAAUGGGGCGAAUGCGGCGGCUGUGGACGGCGGGGAUGGGCAGCGAGCGGGCGGCGUCCGUGGUGGUGGUGGUGGGGAGGAAGAUGAGGACGAGGACAGGGCACCCUCACCGGCGUGCUCCAGCCGGAGGACGCGCUGCGCGGGCGGUGGAUGACGACGAUGGCGGCGACGGCGAACGGACGACGCCGUGGCUGACAUGGGCGCGCGCGGCGCGGGCGGUGGACGACAAUGAUGGCGGCGACGGCGAACAGACGACGCCACGGCUGACAUGGGCGCAGGCGAGGGCGGUGGAUGACGACGAUGCAGGCGACGGACGGACGCCGGCGCGGGCGGUGGCAGACUCGCGGCGGUACUCGAGCUCAUGCUCGCGUCCGCGCUCGCCCCGCUACUAGCAGUCGCCUCCCUCCGCACCCACGCCACGCUGUGGACGAGGAUGGUGGACGACGACGAUGGACGCCGACAACUAUCUUGCCGCGGGUGGCGGAGCGGGUGGCGGCGUCGACGCCGCGGGAGAGGCCGUCGAGGCAGGUGUUCUUGUCGGUGAGGGCGGCGCUGCACCAGGUCUGGACGUUGCUCAGGUGCCACUUGAACCCCGGCGAGCCGGCACGCCCCAUGUUGCCGCCGAGCUCCUGCGCCGCGUCGCAAAGGUGCCCCACGCUGUCCGCCAUGUUCUCCAGGCAGUCGCGCACGGGGCCGGCGACGCCGCGGCUGCCGCCAGGGCCGCAGAUACGCCCCACGUACAUCGACACCGACUGCGCCUUGUCCACGCUCACCGACAGCACGGCGUGCACCAGCUCGGGCGGGCUCCGCGGCAGCGGCGCCCCACCGUACGACGCCUGGCUCUGCACGCACACCGCCGGGUACUGCGUCGCGCGGCACAACUUGCGGAUGAAGUUGCUGGCCGCCGGCGCUGCGCCGCCGUUCGCCGUCGCCGCGGCGGCGAAGAAAGCGAGGAGGAGGAGCGCCAUGGCGAGGCUGGAGCGAGACAUUAUCGGCGUCUCUGAGGAAGACGACGGCGCUAUGGACGGAAGAGACAGAGUGGCACGGAACGAAGAAAAUUCGUGCUUCGAUGGUGUAUUCUGAAAGUAGCACGAAUUGGAUGGCAUAUUCUGAAAGCAGGGCGAAUUCGAUGGCAUAUUCUGAAAAUUCUCCUCGCGCGUCUCCCCUCCAUCACUGAGGGACAUUCCCAUCUACAAAAGAUUUGAAGUAAAAUCUUUCCACUGGACACAAGCUCACUCUUCUUCAGGACGUCAGGUUCCUUCAUCACCCGGGUACUCUUCCCUACUGUGAAACGUAAUUGCUGAUGGGAAUUCAUGGUGAUAAACCACACCUGAAUUCAUGAUGAUAAACCACACCUGAAUUCUAUAAAUGUGAGAGAAGACCUCCACUCAAUGAAAUUUAGUCAAUAUGCGAGCAGAAAAUACGCUAAUCCCUGAUUCAGUCAUGGAGUAAAUUGCAUCAUCUAUGCUCACACGGUUAGUUUCUUUACCUGUAUAUUAUCUUCCUUACCAAUGCAGUCAUCUUACUGCUAUCAAUGCAUCUUGGCAGAAUCAUUUCCUUCAAUUAAGCUUAAUGAGUAUAGAAAAGGAAGGUUGUUAAUAUUAUUGCAUAUCGCUGUAAACUAUCCACUGCACAUUUGAUUAUCUGGAAUGCAGUACGAGAGAACACUUUGCCGGUUUGCCUUGCCCCAUCAAUUUCCAUAUCCAUUUAACGUUGCAGAGAAUAGGCUGCAGUACUUACGAACUCUAAUUUAGAUCACAUUAAUACAUAACCACACAUUUUUUUAGCUGACACUGAUUCCGUGAGCAUUAGUUCAUAAUUUACAUUGCAUAAAGUUUAUUCUCUCUACUACAUGUGUUUCUUUUAACUGAUGUUGGUAACCUCUAUUAUAUUUAACUCGGGUUCAUGGAAAGGUACUUCUGAGGACUGAGGCCUAUAUAACCCUUCCUUCA